GAAAGCAAUCCCACAUCCAAUAAUCGUGUGCAUCUCCAUCUCCUGGCUGCUGUUGUGUGUUGCUGCAACAUAAUAAGAAUCUACAAAUUAGCUCCGUAAUUGGAAGAUUGCUCCGGUCCUUGAAGGCAAAUAAAUCUGCCCGCUGUGGUGACCCCAUGGAUCAGUAGAUCUCCGGAACAGGCCAGGUGAUGAUGAAACUCUAUACGAUAGUACUUCUGGGGGUGGUGUUGGGUGGUGGCUGUCUGGUCCAGCUGGUGGCAGCGUCUCGGCUUCCAAGUCUGUACGAGCAGCAUCUGUUCAAGCGCCAAGCCGACACCAGCAAUAACGAGAAUGUCGGACUGUACGACGAGAACGAUUCCGUAGUAUCGCUGACCGCAGCGAACCUGAAGGAGAAAAUCUUCCAGCAACCGUACGCAUCGCUGGUCGAGUUCUACAACUCGUACUGUGGCUUCUGCCGGCGAUACGCUCCAGUCUGGAAGCAGCUGGCGUCGGAUGUCCUUGCGUGGCAGAAUACGGCCAAGGUGAUGGCGUUGGACUGCUCGCGGGAUGAAAACAACCCCGUCUGUCGGCAGUUCGACGUUAUGGCCUAUCCGACCAUCCGGUUCAUCCCUCCGUACUAUGAAGAUGGACCGCAAAAUAUCGGAAUCCCCAUAACGGCCCACGCGGAAGCCGAGGUCAUCAACGCGCUGAUCGAGAACAUGCAAAACGUUACCAGCAAACCACCCAACUGGCCUGACUUCACCGCACUGGAACCCAACUCUCCGCAUGCCGAUCUGUUCACCAGCAACGAAGCCAGAGCCAAGUAUGCCUUCAUCGUCAAUGAAAACGAAACCAAUGGAACAACCGUCGGCAGUCAGGUGAUACUGGACUUCCUGGACACUCCGGCCGUAGUGGUGAAGCGAACCAAAGAUGCGAGCGAACCCAGUGGACUAAAGGUCAUAACUGCGGAAACGAUGAGCGAAAUCAAGCUCCCGGUGGAUGAGUUUACCCGCGAGAAGGUAGCGGCUGCCAUUCGAAGGCACCUAAACGAGCACCAUAUCAGCGUGACGGAGGUUUCGACCAAGGCUACCAGUAAGGAAUCGUCUACGGAGCCGGACAUUUCGGAGAUCAUGGAAAAGAAACAGGAAGACGCGUUGCGGGCUAAGAUAAUGGAACUUGGUCCCGGGGUGGUUUACCAGGCGGACUUGGAGGAAACUGUGAAAUUCGCGUUGUUCCACGAAGUGACGCGAUACAAGACCAUCGACGGUGAGCGACUGCUGGCGUUGCAGCGAUUCCUGAACGUUCUGGUACGGUACUUCCCCUUCAACGAAAACGGAAUGAAGUUCUUGAAGGAAGUCAGGCAGUACGUGCUGAACGCGGAAAAGGAGAUCAUUACCGAAGACUAUGCGAGUCAGAUUAAGAAACUAGAGCAGAAUCGUUCUCCGGUGUUUUCCUCCAACCGGUGGAUUGGAUGUUCCAGCAUUAAAGACGGCCUUCGGAGGUACCCUUGCGGUCUGUGGACACUGUUCCACUAUUUGACCGUCCAGGCGGCCGAAUCGGAGAUUUCGAUUGAUCCGUUGGAGAUUCUACAGGCCAUGCAUGGCUACAUCAAGUACUUCUUCGGGUGUUCGGAUUGUUCGAACCAUUUCCAGCAGAUGGCAGCACGUAACAAGAUUUGGAACGUGACCAGCAAAGACGAUGCCGUAGUGUGGCUCUGGUCUAGCCACAACGAAGUCAACAAACGACUGUCUGGUGAUGCUACGGAAGAUUCAGCCCACCCGAAGAUCCAAUUCCCAUCCGUGGAUAUGUGCCCGGGGUGUCGAAAGCCAAUUCUUACCAAUCACCACAACCACCAGCAGUACACUCUGCAGGAUGGGAACGAGUGGAACGUGCUGGAGGUGCUUAAAUUCGUGAAGAGCAUGUACAGCUCCAACAACAGGAAUCCACUGGGAUUGCAGCAGGCAAGUCUCGUACCGCAAAAGCUGGCCUACAGCGGGGUAGGAGACAACUUCCAAUCCAAUCGAAUCUUUGGGAAUGUGCUGAACGAAAUGGACAUCCGAAUGGGUGCCCUCCUGUAUGUGGCCUGCAUCAUAAUGCUGGUCAUCGCCGUCAAGAUGGUGGUGAAACGGGGCUACCGCAAGAAGAUGUACACCCAUGACCUUCUGGGCAAGGUGUAAGACUGACGGAGGUUAGGAACUCAAUUGAAUGACUGCUCAUCGAUUCGUUUCGGAAUUUUUAUUCUCAGUCUUAGUGGAUAGGUUCUAAGAGAAAAAUAACUACAAGCGUGCAUUCCUUAAAUAAUACUGACAUAAAAGUGUGAAAUAGUCAAAGCGAACCUAACGAAUUCAAUAGCCCCUAGUCCAAGAGAGCCACGAGAAGAAGCUAAUCGGAACGAUAAUUUUCGCCAAUUCAAUAUCCCUGCACCUUUUUAGGGUGGGACAUGUGUAACUUCUUUCAGUCUACUUCUGAUAGUAAAAGCGAUGCAAAUCUGUGGAACAUUUUUAUGAUUUUUAAUAGAAAAUAAAUAAAUCUGGUUUAUUGCGCAGUCUACAUUCCUUACAGCAGUAUCGGAAGUCUAAACUAAA